ACGGGAAGUGAUGUCGCUCGACGGAAAAGGCGCGUUUGCAGCCGGGACCGGCGGAACGAGGCGGGGGAGGCGGCGCCGCGGGAGCUCGGGGGCAGCAGAUGAGAAACAGCUCUUUUUGCGUGGCUAUGGUAUUCAAGAGAUCUGAACUGUGUCAGGAAAGUUGUCACUGAAGUACCCUUGGAAAACUACAGAUCCAUUUGCAGCUGGUAAGCGUAGUGCAUUUCAAUGAAAAGACUCUUUGUAGAGCUACAAGGUGUUUCCUGAAUUCUCACUAUGUCUGAUGGGGACUAUGAUUACCUCAUAAAAUUCUUAGCCCUUGGUGAUUCUGGAGUAGGAAAGACCAGCCUUCUCUACCAAUAUACGGAUGGCAAGUUUAAUUCCAAAUUUAUCACAACGGUGGGCAUUGACUUUCGGGAAAAGAGAGUGGUUUAUAGACCCAACGGGCCAGAUGGCGUUGGAGGCAGAGGGCAGAGGAUACAUCUCCAGCUCUGGGAUACUGCAGGGCAGGAACGGUUUCGUAGCUUGACAACAGCUUUCUUCAGAGAUGCCAUGGGGUUUCUUCUACUCUUUGAUCUGACAAAUGAGCAAAGCUUUCUGAAUGUCAGGAACUGGAUAAGUCAGCUUCAAAUGCACGCGUAUUGUGAAAACCCUGACAUCGUGUUAUGUGGAAACAAGAGCGACCUGGAAGACCAAAGAGUGGUGAAAGAAGAAGAGGCUAAGGAACUUGCAGAAAAAUAUGGAAUACCGUAUUUUGAAACCAGUGCAGCUAAUGGGAAUAAUGUAAGCAAAGCCAUCGAAACUCUGCUUGACCUCAUUAUGAAGCGCAUGGAACGGUGUGUGGAUAAAUCCUGGAUCCCAGAAGGAGUAGUACGCUCCAACGGGCACAGCUCUACAGAACAGUUGAAUGAGGAGCAAGAAAGAAGCAAGUGCAGCUGUUAACUCAGUUACAAUUACGUUGAACAUACCUGGUGAAGUAUAGUACAGUUGCAGCUUAACUGUUUAACUUACAGACAAAUCCCAUCGUGCAGUUACUUAAUGAGCGAUAUUAAUUCUUCAUGCAAUUUGUUGGGUUUUUUUUCCUCUCAAACAGCAUUGACCUUUGGUUGCAAGGUAUGCAGUUUACUAGCGCUGGGCCAGGUUUAAUUUGGUGUAGCAGUGGAUAUUCCUCUAAUUCUCUGCUUUGGAGUGAAGGAGAGGAAUUUUCAUUACCAAAUUCAGAAACAUUUCUCUGUAUGCACAGUGAGAAAGGGUAGGCUUCUGAACUUAAAGGAGUUUUAGUUGCCUUUUGAAGGCUUCAUUAACUACGCAAACUAGGCAGUAGUUAGACUACUGUGACAGCUUAGUCUCUGCUAACAGCAAGCUUACCAACAUGCUUCUUGGUUUUGAACAUUUGAUCGCUCUAUCAAUCAGUCAUCAACAAAAGCCUUCCAGUAGCUUUUCCUUGCUCUCUAAAACCAUCAGUCUUCAGUGAUGAAAACUAAAAGAAAGCUGUUCUGUGUAACAGUAAUAAAAUCCAGAGAAGCGCAGGCGUGCAUAUGUGGAGCUCUUUGGGUUUGUCUUGAAAUUGAACAUGCAAACUACAACUGUACUGUAGGAAAUUGUAUCCAGCACAGCCUAUGAGAUCCCCUGACAUAAUUUGAACUUCUAGAACAUGCUUACCGAUGUAUUUAUAUGUCAGUGCCAUAACUGUACAUUUGUUUGUUAUGUUUCUUUUAAUUUACCACUCAUAUUUCGACAGGAAUGUAGGGCAGCCUAAAUGUCAACAAAAUUUCAUCAGAGCCAGUGCUUUGCGCUGAAUUUGUUUUACCAAACACAGAUUUGGAAUGUUUCUUCAAAUUUGGAUUGAAAAAUGAAUGAUGAUUGUCUUUGGGUGAGAUGCAGCUAAGAUACCAGUUCUGUCUAGAUCAGUAUUGCUAUAAAUUCACAUUGCUUAUUUCAUUCUGCCAACCUUUGGGUCCUGCACAUCUUGGUUAUCACAUAUUCAUUUAUGGCUCGCAAACUUCCUUUAGGUUGUAUUUAAAAAAGAAUAGAGUUGCUUUGCUUUUUUUUUUUUCCUGCUACAGAUCACAUAAAUGUCAGUUUUGAUUUCAGUGGAUCAUGUUGCUCUUUGAUAAUUUUUAUUUAUUCAUAGAACCUAAGGAACACUCAGUAUUUUUUGGGUCUUCUUUCAGGACUGAUUUAUAAGAUGUGCCUACCAAACUGUUUUCUACCCUGGCAGAGGUUGUAUAACUGUAAAGUAUUGCCAAUUGAAGUCAUGACAUGCCAAAUUGAGUCUUGUUACAGACUUUCCACAGCAGUUUGUUUACAAAACUCCAAAGCUAUUACUUCUUUAGAAAUUAUGUAUUUAUUUAUUUAAAUAUCCUAAAUACUGCAAUUUCAGGCAAACCUUGAUACCAGUUGUGAACAUGAAUUGCAGCCUAACAAAUUUUUUGAAGGACCAACAAUGUUUCUAGAAUAGCAGAUAAUAAAUAUUUUAUGUAGCCUCUGGUUAUAUUAAUAAUACAAGAAUAAGUGUUAAAACGUGGUUCUUAAAAUAUUUUACAAAGUAAUGCAUUGUUCUUUGACAAACACAACAUGUAAAUACUAGCUUUUUAUCACAGCCUACACAGAAUAUUUUAAAAGUGCAAUAUAAUUUGAUGGCUCUGGGACUAGGAAAGAGAUUAAAGAAAUUUAUAUUGAAUAAACAUAGUUGUUUUUUUUUUUUUUUCUACUCUAAAAUACCAAGAUUCUAAAAUGCGUGCGGACCGGAAUUACUGUAGUUUAACUUGGUGUGCCUUUUGAAGUUCCCAUCAUGUUUCUGACCAGUCGAGUAUGAAACUCUGCUGUAGGACACGAUGCAUUUCAAUGUACUUCAGUGUCUGAAUUUCCUUUAACGUAACCCUUUGUUUUUGCGAGGGUUGCAGUGGAACUUCGUCAUGCAUUAACUCUAAUGGGAGUUUUUGUGCUUAUAGCUCCAUCCAAUUCCUGAAAACAAUAAGGGUUAUUGCAGCCAACUACUGAGCUAAGUGACUACUGGAAUGGUGUAAAAGUAUAUCCUUUUGAAUACUUAUGUUUAGAUGGGAUAUUAAAUACUGGAACUGUCAUAUUUUUGUCAUGCGUAUUAUAUGUAACUAUUUACUGUAAAAAAGAGUCUACAUAAAAUUGCUUUAAUGUCAACCUUUGAAACGUGCCAUAAGAUUUAUCUGUUUGAACUAUUCUGCAACAGAACUUUUGCUCCUUUUUGAACUGUCAUGCGAAAUCACAGUAAA